AGCCAGGUGUGUUGCACGAAUUGCACGUACGGCCACACGCGCUUUCUCUAUACGGGGGUACGGGUGUACAUGUACGUAAUAUAAUUAUACGAAGGAACAGCUUCGGUCACUCCUUCUGCUCUGGAAAGUGAAGUUCAAUCUGGCUGGAAGGGUUUCAAGAUUGUUGGGCCAGUUGUCGCCACUGUCUUCCCAACAGUUUAAGGGUGUUGCUCGUCUAGUGUCCUGUUCAUCUGCACACUGUGAAGCUUCAUUAGAGAUGUCAAGUGAAGGCACCAGUUCCUCACCGACCAAUAACGCCCACAAACCGAAAUCAGAGUUUAUCAAACAAGAGACUAUUCAUCGAGAGAAGUGGCUGUCUCUGGAGAAGAUAACCUACAAGGACCCCAGGGGGAAGAUACGGACAUGGGAGACGGUGGAGAGAACCACCAAGCCCCAGAGGCCAGGGGUAGCUGACGCGGUUGGAAUGGUCACAAUUCUCAAACGGUUACUGCACUACGACUGUUUGGUUCUGGUCCGACAGUUCAGACCACCUGUAAGGUCAUGCACAAUAGAAUUCCCCUCAGGUUUGGUAGAUAGUGAGGAAACAGUGGCCGAAGCAGCGAUACGAGAACUGAAAGAGGAAACUGGUUAUGUAGGAACAAUAACCAGCAUCUCUCCAGUGACUGUUAUGGAUUCGGGUAUGUCAGCUUCAACUCUUAAUCUUGUUUUCGUGCAGGUAGAUGGUGAUGACACAGUUAAUCAGAGACCAGUACCCAAUUUAGAUGAAGGGGAAUUCAUAGAAGUUAUCCAUGCACCUUUGCAUGAACUCAAGCAAAAACUUGAUGCAUACAGUGAAGCAGGGGAUUUGGUUGACUCAAGGGUUUACACCUACGCUGCCACACUCCAUCAGUGCCAGCACAAAGGAGAAGACAUGGAUCUAGAGCAGCAGAAGGGACUCUACAAGAAAUGAUAAUGAACGGACAACUGUAGAUAGUAAGCAGUAUGUCCUGGAUGCCACACACCGUGGCUAGCCUCUUCCCUGUCCAAGCGUGGAUUUGGAUUUUUUUUGUCUUAAUGCAGCCAGUCCUGAUCCCUGACAGGUGCGGUCAAGUCACUGCAGCGGUAGAGAGUGCAGUCCACAAUAUGAAUCAAAUCCAGUUUUGGGACUGGGACCAAAGAAGUUCCAAGCAUACAUGUAACUAACAUGCGCAGAAAAGCUUCAAUAAAGUGCCUUCUACCUCUACGGCAGCUUGGCUGCACUUGUUGGGGACCAUCUGCAAUACUUGGGGAACUAAAUCCAAGUCCACUGUUGGACUAGAGCUAUGAGUAGCCUUGAUGAAGGCUAGACUCUUGAUGCAACUGGUGUAUGAUUAACCAGUUAUGAUAAGAAUGAUAAAGCAGUCAACUCUCAUUGGAUAGUUACAGCCUUGAUCGAGACUCAACUACACCACACCAUUUUUGGUUGGCCUGCAAGGGAAGAUCCAUCCGUCAUCAUAAACAUCUCAGUAAUAUAUGCUGCUCUCACAUUUUCACGGGCUAAUAUGGAUUUGAAUGCAAGGAUUAAGCACUACAUUUGUGAGUCAAGUCAAGUCGCCCUAAAGGCAGUGACUCAAAUUAAGUUGAGUCAUGAGAUCAGCAAGGUCCAGUUAAGGCUAGUUGAGCCACAAUGUGUGCUCGAGGCAAGUCAAGUCGGGACACAUUCGUUGUCGAGUCAAUUCAAGUCACUGCGAUGAAAUUUUCACACCAUCUGUAGUAUCACAAUCUUGAGUGUAUCAUUUUGCAGCACUUCUUGUGUAGUGCUGUCAAUCUGCCGAACUGCCAUUGGCCUUGCAAGUGCAAACCAGCUUUCAAUUUGACAUGAAGUGGUAAUAAGAAGUCAAUGAUUUUUUUUUCUUCACAUUUUGUUAAGGACUGAGUGUUGGUGAAGAUUUGGCUUGAGUCAGAUCAAGUCCUUUGCCUAAGUCAAGACAUUUACUUGUGUACAUGUUUAUGACGCCUGUCAAGUUGAGUUACCGAAAAUAGUGACUCCAAUGGACUUCAUGAUUUGAGUGGGUGAUUUGAUUACAUCUCUGACGUACACUUGGCUUUGAAGAGGUUGAUAAGAUUUAUGACAUCUAAUAUACCUACUCCUUGAACUAGUCCCAUGGAAAUAGAGGGAACAAUCUGUUUUGGAUGGCCCUUCUUGUUUGUCAAUAACAGAUUACAAAUAAAGUGAAAGCUGAUCUUUCAUAAGAUCUUCUCCACUAGAUCAGGCGUACAGGUACUGCAAUUCCGGUUGGAUUGUUUACUGCACAAAUAUGCCUACAGAUAUUAAGUGUGGCCUUAUACUUUUUUAGUAAUAUAUUUUGUAAUUGAAAUGAAGAUUCCUAAAUGAUGACUUUAGCUCUGUCUAGAUCUGUAGUAUCAAAAUUCAAAGCAAACAAUCAGUUGCCAACUUGAUCUAAUUAAGUUUCCAUUGUGACUUAAAGUUUAGGUUUUUUUUAAGCCUUGUAUACACUUCCCACCUGGAAUAGAAAACCACGUACAUUCCAUAAGCCCGUGGCCUUUCCUUGUGUCAUACCAACAGUUUUUAUGUCCCGCUUACCUUUCCUUCCGUGUUUGUGUUGGCGGACAGGUAGUGCAGUCACUGUGGACCUCUGAACAAAAACAUUCCACAUAUAUAGUGGAGGUGAGACGACAUUGUGUGUACCUUCCCAGGUCCAUCGAAAACAGUUUGAGAGGCGUUUUGGGGGUUGGAUUCUCCGUCGCAAAAUGAAGACGAAAGGAGAGGAAAUCAUGAUGAAAUUGGGUUGACAGUGUGUUCACAUUGCGAAUAAAUUAAAAGGAGUUUUGUUCUCCAAUUUUUCUUAGCUACAUGAAAAAAAAGGAAUGCCCCCGCUAGGUAUGUAUUUUAAACGUGAUCUUGUUAUCCUUUAUGACUGAGGAUAACAAAAAACCAAGGACCUGAGCCAAAUCCUUGGGAAGUUUUUAUGUACAAACUUUAGUGGAUGUGUUGAGAAAAAGUACACAAAAUUGGAACAAAAGGAGGUCCUCAUAAGUAUAGGAUAACACGACUGGUUGUGUGCAUGUGUUUGCGUGCAAGCAAUCAGUGUUCCCACCAUAACUCAGGGGUGUGAAAUCUCAGCUUUAAAGCUGAUUUCAGGUUUUUUUGGUUUUGGAUUUCAGCUUUUUUCCCUCACUGUUUACAAAAGUACAGGAGGUUUCCAAAGUUCAGUUUUUUUACACCUUUUUCUGCUGUUUUCAGCUAUUUUUAUCAGUGGUCACUCACACCCCUGAUAACUUGAGGACUUGACAUAUCAACUUCAAACUUGGUAUGUCGGUUGGUCUUUGCGUCAUGUAGAGCCCUUCUGAUUUUGGACCCCAUAUAUCAAAGAUGAAGGUCAUUAAGGUUACAACAAUCGAAAUGGUUGUCACACGGUAUUUUGAUGAGAAGGACGGGGCAUAUCAACUUCAAACUUGGUAUGUGGGUUGGUCUUGGUGUCCUGUAGAAGCCCCUCCCAGGACACUUGACAUUCCAAUGGCGGUGCCAUAUAAUGGGAAUAGUUAUACGGUGGCGGGGGACUUGUUUUGGUAAGCACACCUUUUCUUGUUUUUGUUUAUUUUAUGCUGCAAACUGCAGCGUAACAUUUCUUGAAAUUCACACCUGCUAGAGUGGAACCAAGAUAACCCACUGGUCUUUUUAUGUUUUUAAAAUACGUACUGUUUUUUUUUCACUAAUUGGUUACUGAAUUCCAAAAAUGGUGGUGUUGGUCGUCUUCCAUAGUGCCAAUCUUCAAAGGGAAUGAGUUACAGUAAUUUCAACAGUAUCAAAUUUUGUAAUUAUUUUAUGUUGGGUCUUCCAAUGUUAUUAUUGACUUAUUCAGUUUCACAUUAUUUUAUAAUGAGUAUAACGUGUAAUUUGUACUUUUUUGCUUUUAAUUUGAUGCAUUUGUAUAAUAAUUAUGCAUACGCGGCGCAAAGGCAUCUUUUGAUGAGAAAUCAGAGGAUUGUUUAAGCUCAUUUUCGCAAAAGAAACAUGUAAAUACUGACGCCACAGUAUUCAAAUUGUAAGAAAUUAUUUCAAGAAAUGAAAUAAAAAAAUAUUGUGAUAUGAUUACA